AUGGCGGCAUUUUCAUGUUUUGGCAAGUGCGAGUUGGGCCCAUCUUGCAUUAUUUGGUUAUUUUUCUUUGUUGUAUCAUGCUCACUCAUUAUUGAUGUUACAGUAGGUCAGAAUACAUCGACAGCUUCAAUUGCAAGCACCACCCAGGCAGCAACUACCCCAGUAACGACCGUGACAACUACCGUAGCUCCCACCACCACUCCCGCUCCGACUACGCCACCUCCGUCGCAGAUCCCACAAAACACAGAUAUUGGUCCCUGCCCUUGUGACUUGACUGGACUGGCCUGUGAUGUACACUGCUGCUGUGAUGAUGACUGCACGCCAGAAGAUAAAAAAUCUUUUAGUUUCUGUUCACCAUUUUCUUUCACAGUAGAUGACAAGCUAUGCAUGAGGAGUGAGCUGAUACUGGUUGAAAAUUCUCCAUACAAAAGCAAUAUCACAUCAAAUGAUAUUUUUUGUAUCUAUUUCAACAACUAUUUAGAAAAGAAUUUCUAUGUGAAUCCUGACUUAGUUAAUACAGGAGAUGUGUUUAAUAAAUAUCUCAUAAAGUAUGCAGGCUUCUCGUUUCAACCUGGAAUUACACCACCACCAACUUUCGCGCAGUUUUACAAGUCUGGAGACGAGAUUCUAGUUGUGUAUGAAAGUAGGACGAUAGGAAAUCUAGGACAACCCAUGGCUCUGUCCUCCACAUUAUGCAAUGAUGAGAACCCAGCAGCAUACCUUAUUGAAAGGAGCAAUGAAUGUGUUCGACGUAUUACAAAUCUGCAGACGGAAUGUACUUCCCUCCGUCAGCUGGAUGCGGUCUCUUAUUACCAGAAGUUCAGAGUAGUUAGAACACCAGCUUUGUUUGGGACGUACAUUCCAGAAUACAAUGUGACUGUAAAUGAUACAUACGUUUUUACAGUGCCUGCAUUCGGAACAUCAGGUCCUGAUUCCAUCCCCCUCGUUGAUGUAACUGAUCUGUACAAUAACACAUACACUGUAGAAGUGCAGCUGGAUGAUACUCUGUGUGAAGACGCUAAUGGACUGACAACGACAUGUACUCUCAUGCCACCAGGUUACAAUUUUGGAACCAAUCAGUGUGAAAAUGUUGUCAAAAAAGUUCGGUACAGGAUUCAGUAUAAUGGUACGAUGGGGAUCUCAAGUGUUUGGGCUCAGUUCACUCUACACGCCGUGUCCUCCUCUGUAAACCGGCUUCCACAGUUGUUCUCAACAAAGUUUGAACAUAUUACAAAAAGCAACCCGUUUGAAAGAAGUGGAAACCCUGGGUAUGUUGUAGGACAGCCGGUCAUGGCGGGAAAAUUGGAAACAUUGCUUGAUGCAAAUGGAAAACAGGUAGCUAGAAUAGUGUUGAAUGAAAACCGAGACCAGUGGCUGACUGCAGUCCGUGCCUCGGUCAGUGGUAACUGUAUUACCAACGGACAACAAGGAAGAAUAUCCAUUACAUUUGGCCAGGACAUCCGAUCGGGAUGUUUCAUACCUUUCCAACAGACAGACAUGAGCACGUACUGUGAAGUGAUGCAACAGGCAAUUAUUUCCGCAAUGGAGCCCGAUAAUAUGGGAGACAACCUUUAUGUGGCAAUAUUCGGAAACUCGGAUGUCAUGAAAGUUGGGGACUGGGUACCUAUUUUGGUACAGAAAAGACCAGCACCCUCUGCUCCAACUGGGUACGUGUGUCGUCUCUCCCUGGGAAUGCACAUCCAGAUACUGUAUGCAAAGAUUGGAGCUCUUGCUAACCCACAGCCGAAAAUAUUAGGCGUGUCCUUCAUCUAUGACGACAAACAAGAUGUCUACUUUGAAUGUAUUGGCCCCAUGUGUCAGCCCGGUACUCAACAGGUCACUCAACGGGUGGAGGUCACGAUGUCCGUCUCUUUCAUUGAUGUGUCGCAGCCAGCCGUCGGGUAUCAGGGGGAGGCACCACUCUUCAUAUCGAAAGCACCUUACGACUUCUUCUAUCCAUUCCUCACGGGAUCUGCUCAAAGACUGGACUACGGUAGCAGUAUAUUGAUGUGUAACCUUGUAUUAUAUGUUUGUUAUGGAAUAUGGACAGCAUAUUAGCCUGUGACAUUUAUGUUAUAAAAUAUGGAUGUUGAUUUGUGACAUAAGUAUGUUAUGAAAUACAAUUUGCAUAUAAUUUGUGUGUAAAUUAUGGAACAUUUUAAAGUUUUUAUUUUUUUAAUCCAAAUCGAAACAUUUUGUCAAAACAGCCAUGAUCGCUACUAAACAUAUAAUUAUACUUAAUACAAUAAUUGACUACAAUUGAUUGUAUUUGACUACAAUGUCACAUUCAUACUACCAGAAAUUUGCUUUGACCAAACAGUUUUUUUUUCUUUUGCAGAAUUUUUCUAAUGAAGGGGUACAAAUUAUUAACAAAAAAGCACCUACAUUAUUUUAAUAUGCAUUUAAUAAUCAACUCCCCCUUUAAAAAUAAAAUAAAAAAUCAUUAGAUAUUAAUUAGUUGAACAUUGGAUAUUUAGAUGACUUCAAAGUUUGGGGAGGUGGUGUGCACGCCUAUAGACUCUGUGGUUGUCCGAUAUCCAAUGUGAUAACACUACAUUCACUAUACUUAUUGCGAGUACUCGAGGGUCAAACUCGACCCGGACCAGAGUACUUGAUGAUAAUAAGACUAAGGAAUAAAGUAAAAUAGCAUUAUGUAUCUGCACUGAAUAUGGAUGCUAAAUCAUGCCAUUGUUUGUAUUGCACACAUUCUUAUAGCCCCAUAAUGCAAUUGGAUGCAAGCAUAUGACAAAAUGACAUAACAAAAAUAUAAUUAAAUGAGAAUGCUCUUCCUUGCAGUGCUUGAACCUUAAUUGGGUAUAGGUACGUUGAUAUGUUAUCCUAUCCUAUCCUAUCCUAUUCCUUGCACGGGUACUCAAGUCCCAGAUUGUCCAGUGCACUUGUAACUUAUUGCAUUUCAGUCAUGUACUCAUUCUACUUGUGCCUAGUCACCUUAGCAAAUAUAUUGGCCAAUAUAUUUUAUUAUUUGCAGAAAUGUCAUAUGCAUCAGUCGUUUGCACUUGUGCAGAAUUGUAUUUAUCUGUUUUAUGAAUUUUAAUCAUUCCGUCCAUUUUGUUAAUUAAAUAUGUAGAUGUUUUUUCAUUGUAUGUGAAAUAACUUAUAAAUUAUUGUAUUUAUUUUUUUAGAAAAAUAUUUUGGCUUUCAUUCUUUUAUAUCUAUAACUAUAGAGGGCCAGAUUUAUGAAGCCUGUUUUUCUUGCGUGUUUAGGAAUUGUAAAUAAAUGAAGUUAUACACAGGUAAGACAAAAACAGGCGUUGUAUAUUUGAACUAUGAUCUAAUUGUGGGUUUUUUUGGAGAAGCCAUUGUAGAUGAUGCCAAGUAUUGUAACAGGAAGAAUCAUCUGUCCUAGCAUUUUUCAUAAACCACCAGUAAAUAAAUAGAUUUUCAUAAAA